AUGGGACUCAUUUUCAGUUCGAGUCCUCGAUUUAACCCCAGAAAUGACAUCCCCGGCCUGUCGGGCAAGGUUAUCUUCGUCACUGGUGGCAACACUGGCUUGGGAAAGGAAACCAUCCUCCAGCUUGCCAAACACAAUCCCGAAAGGAUUUAUCUGGGCGCCCGCAGCGAAGCGAAAGCGAAAGCUGCUAUUGGUGAUAUCAAGGAGACCGUGCCAACGGCAAACAUUAUAUUCUUGCAACUGGAUCUCGCUUCCUUGAAAUCUGUGAAAAAGGCGGCAGAGACUCUCCUGUCUGAGACUGACCGGCUCGAUAUCCUCGUGAAUAAUGCUGGUGUCAUGCUGGCAAACUCUGGCCUUACGGAAGAUGGGUAUGAAAUCAACUUUGGCACCAAUUACAUGGGGCCCGUCCUCCUUACCAAGUUGCUCCUUCCACUUCUGGAAAGAACUGCAACGGCUGGGAAGGACGUCCGUAUCAUCAAUGUGAGCUCGGAACUGUAUAAAGCGGCUCCGAAACGUGGAAUUCUCUUCGAGGAAAACAAGACUCCUCUGGCCGAUCUUGGCACCCUUUCCCGUUACGGUCAAUCGAAGCUUGCAAAUGCCUACUACACCAAGAUCCUAGCAGAGAAGUACCCUGCGAUCAAAUCCGCCGCUCUGCAUCCUGGACUUGUCCGGACAAAUAUUGCUGAAGAAAGCAAAGGCUCUUCCAUUUUCAUGUCGCUUCUACUGAAAGUUUCGGAAAUGGCCAUCGCCGUGGAUGUGGAAACCGGCGCUUUGAACCAGCUAUGGGCAAGCACAUCAAAUGAGGUUCAAACUGGCGAAUACUACCUCCCUGUCGGAAAGGCCGCUAGUAACGGCUUGUUGAAGAACAGAAGCUUGGCAUUGAAGUUGUGGGAAUGGACGGAGGCGGAGCUGAAGACUUAUAUUUCGUGA